UCCGGAACAUUAUGUGUACACAAAGUUGACUAAGCUAAAUACACAAAUUGCACAAUGACCACUCACCGCCCUGGAAAAUAACCAAUCAUGGAAAAGCAAAUGCGCAUUUCACCUCCGCCGCCGGCACCCAUCAAGACCUCAUCCAACUCCGUCCGAAGCCCAGGUACCGAACCGAAAAACCAAAAUGCCAACCCUCGAGUCCGAAGCCUUCAAGGCCAAGAAGCCCACCGUCCCGCCGACGUACGACGGCGUCGACUACGACGAUAACGUUGCCGUCCACAAUGCCCGCGACGCGGUUAUCCGGGAGCAAUGGGUGCGCAGCAUGAUGUCGCGUCUUGUCGGGGAGGAAUUGGGGAAGUGCUAUUCUCGCGAGGGGGUGAAUCACUUGGAGAAGUGUGGUGUUUUGAGGGAAAAAUACUUUGAACUCAUCGGCGAGCGCAAGAUUAGGGGAUACCUUGGACAGGAGAAGAACUAUUUCACGGAGAAAUAAGCGGGCUUUUUUUUCUAUGUUUUAUUGAAUAAAAAACGGAUUCCUCUUCUACGUCUUGUCUGUUUUAUGGUAUUUUGUCGGGUUAUUUAGCUUUUCGAAUUCAUGGACCGGAUUCAUAUCAUUUGAGAACCGCUUCUACGACGACUAUAUCGGACGAUCGGAUGGUAUGGAUGGUUUAUCGGGUGCAUGCUGUCU